AUGAAGUUAUUUCACCUCUUUUGAGUAAAUUUAAAACAAUAAACGGAAGAGAUUUCUUUGAUAUCGAAGAUUUAAAUUAUAUAUUACCAUCUGAUAAGUUAGAAGCUGAAAGAACAAAAUUGGCACAUGUACUAAAUAAGCAUGUCUGGAAAUGUAACUUUCGCUCUCCAAUUGAGGAAAAAUUGAAAAAUGGCGGCAUGAUGUGGUCUGCAUUCACCGAGUCACAAUGGUCUGAGUUGAUUAAAGAUAUUGUCAGAGUCUUAAAAUAUGAUGGUUGGAUUGAAUCGUUAGAAGCAACUGCCCAACUUCAUAAUUGUGGAAAGAUUACAAAAUGGAUAGAAGAAGCUUCCUGUAAAGCUUGCAUGAAAGAAAAAGGUGUUAAUAUUCGAAUUGGUGCUUUGUUAACAAAAAUGUUUGAGUCAAAUGAGGAGCUUAAAAAUAUACAAUGUGUUAAAGUAGAAUAUCCAAUAGGCGAAUGGUUUGGUUAUUUUGGUAAAUAUUCAAUGUGCAAUAUUCGUAGAAUAUUCCAGAGUUUUGUUUUUCUUCCAGAAUAUAUGGGCGUAACUUAUGACGAAUAUAUUGGUUUGCUGAACACCUUUGUUAAGGAAGCAAACGAAAAUAAGACUUAUACUCACCUUCAGAGAUGUUUUGCCAAAAAAACUUGGAUUG